AUGUUUGAAUAAUCGAUAUAAUUGAAUAUAUAUUUGUACUUAAAUAUAUAAAUUUUAAGUAAGUAAUUGUAGUAAAAGUUUUUCAAUUUAAUUAGUAAUAUUUUAAUAAAACAAUAAUUGUCAAGUUAAAAGUCAAUAUUAAUUGUGAUUAAUUUAACUUAAAAAAAUAUUAAAAAUAUUGCUAAAAAUAAUAGGAUUUAUUAGUAAAUGCUCAUAUAGUUAAUAUUCUCAGUAGGCUUUCCACUAUCAAUAGGUGUCUUAAUGUUAUUUUUAGUUUAUUAUAAUAACAUUUAUGAUAGUCUCAAAGAUUGGGAAGAUUUAUCAAUCGCUUAUCUAAAGGUAAGCUAAAUGUAACUGCUCCAUAAUUCAGUCUAUGUUAAUAAGCUUAUUAGCUAGAUUUAUUUACAAAAGAUAUCCAACGAUUUGAUUGUACAAUAAGGACUCUACUAUAAAUUUUUUAGUAAAUAAGUGAAAUAACCUAAUGAAAACAGGUAAUAUAAGAAUUGUUCAUAUCAUAAUUUAAGUUAUGGUCUAUGUCCUUCAUAUAUUUAUGAUGCUCUCUCAGAUUGUGAAUAUUCGUUUAAAGUAGAGUUAUUUUUUCAUAGAACUAAUUUUACUUAUGAUAGUUUUCAAGCUGCAAAUUAAAUUGUGUUAAGAUAAAAUUGGGAUUUUUUAUUCUUUGCUAAAUCUGUUAUUCACUCAAGAAGAAAUGAUCUUAUCAACAUUACUUUAGUUUAUAAUUCUUUUAAUGAUACCAUGAUGGCAAUUGCUCCUGGAGUAAAAACUAAUUUAUCUUCACUAUAAUAUCUUGAUUGUAUGGGGUAUAAUUAUACAGAACCUUAUGAUCCAAGAUGCCGUCCAUGGUAUUAAAAUUCUUUGCAGCAUCCAGGAAAUCAGUUUAAUAAACCUUACAAAGACUUGUUCACUUAUGAAACAGUAAUGACAGCUUCAGCUCGUAUAGAUGAUCCGUUUGGAAAUAAUAUAAGCAUUAUCUCUAUAGACUUUAUUAUAUAGAAUCUAAUAGAUAAUUUGUUUACCUAAAAAGAAAAAGAUGAAAUUGAUAAUUUUGAUACUCACUUUGUACUAUUUCAUGAAGACAAAAAUACUGUUUAUUAUCACAGAUACUGGAAUUUCAAGGAUAGUACAAUAGUUCCUUGGUAAGAUUUAGAAUUCAAUAAGACUAAUAGUAAUUUUACUGAUGAUGAAUAUUAUAAUUUUGUGAGAUUAAUUUAAGAUUCUAAGGACUAUUCCAUUACAGGCUAAUAUGAUAUAAAAUAUAAGCAAAAUAUUACUCCUUUUUAUCAAUUUUGGAGUAAAAAUAAGAAACCAUACAUUAGUCUAAUAUAUCCAAUAGAAAUAGUAUCUCCGUAGAAUGUUUGGAAUAAAACUAUGGUGUAAAAAUAAGUAUUGAUGAUCGGUCUAGUGAGAGAGGAUAUUUCUGGGAUUUUUAAAGUUUUGAAUUUUACGCAUAAUUAAAAUUACAAAAUUAUUUUUUUUAUCUAAGUCUGUUUAGUAAUUGGUAUAGUUUUGAUUUUAACCUUAUAAUUUAGAGCGUUUCUUUUACACUAAGUAGUGAUUCCUUUAGAAAAAUUAACUAUUUUUGUAUCAUAAAAUAUGGAUUAGUUUACUAAAUAGAGCUUAUUGCAAAAAGAAAAUUUAAAAAAUUUAUAAAAUUUAGCAACUUUAAAAUCUUAAAAUUUAUGUUAAUAAAAAAAAUCAAACUUUAAGAUCAAAGGAAAUAAUCCAACAAAAGAAAGUUUGGUUUAUAGAUCAUAAAAAUCUCCUCAUAUUUAAUGUUAGUAAAGUUUCGAUAUAAAAUUAAUUUAAAGUAAAUACCAAGAUGAAACAAUAUUAGAUUAAACAUUUUCUAACUUAUAAAAUGAAAAGUAGUUUUCAAAUACUCUUUUCUUGAAUCAGUAAUAAUAAUAAAAAGUUCACAUUAAUCAUUUAUAAGUAUAGAAACAAAAGUAGGAAUUCCAUUUAGAAAAUGUAAAUAUAAGCAGUUUGCAAAAUAAAACUGAAAAUGAAGAAGAAAAUUGCAAUGUUUAAUACUCAUUUCAAAAUACUUAGUUAAAUUUUAAAACAUACAUGGAAGUGCCAAUUUAAAAUAAUACAUCAUAAUGCAAUAAUGAGAAAAUCAAAUCACAUAAUGAUAUUCCUGUCUAAAAUAACACAUAAUAAAGUAAAAGUGAUAAGGUUAAAGCGCAAGUAGAGCCAACUAUCUUAAAUAAUAAAUAUAUAAUUAAUAGUGAGAAAAAAUUAUCUAUUUCUAAACAAUCUUCUCUAUCAUAACAAUUAUCUUAAAAUGUUAACUUAGAGUAAGACCUAGAUCCAAUGUUUUUGGAAAUGUAAAUUAUAAAAGAUACAUUUUAUUAACUUUAAUCAGUAAUAUCUUUUAAAAAAACUGAUAUCUAGUAGUAAUAAAUUAUGAAUAAUAGAGAUUCAACUGUAAAUGAAGAGAGAGGUAUAAUUCAUUAUUCAUUUGCUUACAAGUUAUUUAGAUAAUUAAAAAAUCAUUUUGGAGUGUCUUUGAGUUCUCUUAAUCUUGGAUAUUUUUACUAUAAGAAGAAAUAAUAUUAAGAAGCUCUUGCUUACUACGAAUCUGCUAUGAUUUAUUGCUUUAUUGAUAUGGGUUUUGCAAAUAUUUAAUAAUUUAUGGAUUCAUUGAAAAAGAGUCUUAAUAACCUUGUAAAACCCUAAGAAGAGGAGAAUUAGAAGAUUAUAAUUGUCUGUAUCAGUCUGAUUCUACUCUCUCAUACAAUAAAAGAAGCAAUUAUAGAUAUAAAUGAUGUUAUUUCAAGUGAAUCUAUGGCUUAUAAGUUAUUUUAAAAGAUGCAAACACAAAAAUGUUUAUUAGAUUAAGCUAUUAAAUACACUGAAAUCGUUUUAGAUUUAAUUUAGUAUUUAAAAAAUAAAAAAUUAUUUAUAUUUAAAGAUGAAAUAAUAAUCAUUAUCUAAGCUAAUUAUUUGGAGAUGAAUAUUCAUAAAUUACCAAUUGAAUAAUUGGAAAAGCUUAUUAAUAAUUUAGAAAAAAAAUUGUCAUCAUAUACAAAUCAUGAAAAUGGAGCUUUAAAGAGAAUCUAAAAAAAAUAAUUUUGA